ACUCAUCCCCCUCCCCUUUUGGUUCUUUUCUUGGUUUACAUCCUAGUGAGUGCCACAUCUUUAUCAAAUAGUUUAUCCAGAUACCAUAUUGUACUCAAGACUGGUCUCCAGCAGGGAGUACUUUUCUUUACUUUGUUUCGCAGACUGCUAGGCCCAAGCCAACAAGUUGUCCAAAACAGGUGAAAUCAACCAAACUAUCCAUUUUUCUACAUACUUCCAGUAUUUUAAACAAGGUUACAACCAUGAUAAAGCUCAAGAGCCGUAGGCGCAUGUGUGCCUACAUCAAGGCUAAGGAAUUUUUAAAGUCUCGACUGCUGCAUUCUGUUUCGCGCCAUGAUGCUGCUUCGAUCCCACGCAAAGUCUCUCGAAUCUUUACACCGCCCCAGAAGGAUGAAACAUUUCAGCGAACACUUGACAUAUCCAUCAGAAAUGGAGAGGGAGAGGCUUGGUCCAAUUUAACCCAUGGAGUGGUCUUGUUCGACACGCAAUGCGAGCACAACCUGGUCACUACCCAGUUCCUCAAGAAUAUCGGCUUCAAAUGGCAGCCAUCUACAGACAACACCAAUAUCAUCCAGAUGGACAACACCAAGAUCGAAUGUCUGGGUGAGGUCCAGGGAAGAUGGCAUCCGGUUGAGGCUCCAAAAGGUACAAAGGGCUUGAAGUUCCGACCACGCUACGAAAUGUCCAACUUCAAGGUUGUUGAUUUGGAUACAUGUGACCUCAUCAUUGGGAGCACCACAAUCAUCGACCUGCAGCUGUUACAAACAAAUCGCAACUUCUUUGGUGCAUUCCGUCAACUCCCUAUUCGCGUCGACUCAGCUAGUACAACCAUCAAGAAGCAGCAGGAAGCAGAUGAGCGCAGAAAGAAGGAACAAGAGGAGAUGCGUAAGUUUGAAGAGGAGCAGGCACUCAAGGCCAGAGGCUUCUACCCCAAAGCCCCCUAGCGAGACCGGAAUGUCAAUUGCCCAACCAUCAGAGAGUUACCGACUUUACUACACUGGGCCGCUACCGGAAAUACGUCUUUGGGUCGUUGCAGAAAGCAACAAGUAGCAUUUGCGCUACGGGAUACCACAACAAGGGUAGAGGGAAGAGGCGUAAGCGCCAGGAUUGCUCUCACACGCCAGCUAAGGGGACAUGGUGGGGGGGCGAGCACCAUUUAAGGUGCCUAACGAGCGACCAAAAGCGACCCCCAUCCCCCACCUCGGGCUUGACGAGCGCAUGCAUGCAGCAACCAUUCCUCUCUGGUACGCUGCAUGUGCCAAUAUUGAAAGUGUUAUCUGAACAGGAUCAUUUGUGGGGGUUUGAAUUUAGCCGGUUUCAUUCUUGCCUUGCAUUGCAUUUUCGUUCGAGAACAGGUAGGAAGAGAGCAAUUAAAUUUAGCUACAACUGUAACAUUGUUGGCGUUGCACUAGAAAUCUACAUGUUAU